GGUAAUGAUCGACAUCAAGGUACCAGGGCAAGCUACGUCAAUUGCCAUGACUUUUUCUCCGUGUUCCUCACCUCGUCCUUUUCUUAUAACCUAUAUUUGAGAGGAAGAACGACAGGUACUGACAUUAGAACCUCAAGCACAGAAGACGAGCGUCUGAUAAGAUUUGUCGGUAUUUCAGUGUCGUAUACUAUUAGAGACACCAUGGAUCCAGACAAGACCAGCACAGAUGGCGGAGAGAACAUGAGGGGUUCGAUAGGCGAGCAACCUCUCCUCUCAACACCCGACAUGGACCGAAGAAUCAGACACGCCUUCGACCGUCACGUUAUGCCCGUCGUCUGCUGUCUCUACGUCCUCUCGUACCUCGAUCGCGGUAACAUCGGCAAUGCCAAAACCGCCGGGGCACAAGAAGCCCUGGGCCUAAGCUCUGAUGACUGGUCAUGGGUUCUCAACUCGUUUUAUAUCGCGUAUAUCUUGUUUGAGUGGACGACUAUGCUCUGGAAGAUAUUUCCUGCUCAUAUCUAUGUCUCUAUUCUCUGUGUUUGCUGGGGAACAGCUGCGAUGUGUUCUGGCGCAGUGCACAAUAUGACCCAAUUGAUAGUCACACGCAUCUUCCUCGGUAUAUUCGAAGCUACGUUUGGUGCUGGUGCUCCAUUCUUCUUGUCUUGUCUAUACAAAAGAAGGGAACUGGGUCUUCGCAUGUCUAUCUUGCUUGGCAUGUCACCACUCGCGAAUACCUUUGCGUCUAGUUUAGCGUAUGGUAUCAUCCAUAUCAAAGGGUCUUUAGCCCCAUGGAGACUGUUAUUCAUCAUAGAGGGUGCACCGACUAUUGCUUUCGCCCCGGUUGUCUACUUCUUCCUAAUCGACUCCCCCGCAACAGCAAAAUUUCUCACAGAAGAAGAACGAUAUUUCGCUGUUCAGCGCGUACAAGGUCGCGAUGGCACCAAGAAAAACGUCAACUGGAGACAAAUCAUCGCUGGAAUAAUCGACUACAAGAAUUACGUCCACUCGAUUAUUCACUUCUGCUGUAACUUUUCUUUUGCAGCUUUAUCCAAUUUCCUUCCCACGAUCGUCAACGCUAUGGGCUAUAGUUCUAUCAACGCGCAGGGCCUCACAGCUCCAGCAUAUUUCGCUGCCUUUCUACUGUGCAUCGGAGCUGCGUUUGUGUCAGAUCGAUGUGGAAACCGUGGAUUCAUUGUAGCUGGCUUUGCUGCCAUGGCCACGGUCGGUUAUGGUCUUCUUGCAGGUAUUCAGGAUAUCCAUCGCCCAGGCCCCCGAUACGCUGGUGUAUGGUUCGCUGCCUGCGGUAUCUUUCCAGCGCUCUGCAUCAAUAUUACCUGGUUACUCAAUAAUCAGGGACGGGAUUCGAAGAAGGGAGCCGGCCUUGCGAUCACGCUGAUAAUCGGGCAAUGCUCGUCUCUUAUCAGCAGUUAUGUAUUUCCAAAGGAGGACGCACCAUUCUUUGUGAAGGGUUGCGCAAUCGGCUGUGGUAUGAGUGGAGCUAUCGUCAUCCUUGCUUUGUUCAUGCAUUUCGCCUUGGAGAGAGAGAAUAAGCGCAACGAGAAGCUUUAUGGACCUUUAGACAACGACGCUGAGGUGGAUGCUGUAGAGGAGGGCGAGCAGAGCAAGAACUUCCGAUACCUGACCUGAGUAGAUAAAGUUUCCAAUUAGACAUCAUCAUGCGUUCUCGCUUUCAACCUGCCCACCAUGUCAGCAUUAGGCUGUAAGGCAUAUUUGAAGGCGGAUCGGAGCACCCAACCAUAGCCUAAACGCCGCCUAAAUCCACAAAAGGUUAUCCUCAG